UUAAAAUUACAUAAAAUACCAUUUUAUUUAUUUAUUUAUUGUUAACACAGAAGUAGAAACACAAUCAUAAUUUGCUACUGUGCUUGAACUAGGUGAUAAAACCUGUAUCUCAAGCAGCAGUAUAUCAACUCUUUAAUCCUUUUAGUGUUUUGGGGAUGACGGGGAAGGGAAGAUCUUUCACUAGUGUUUUGGGGAUGACGACGGAGGGAAGAUGUUCUACCGAGCUGGUAAUAUUGCUAGGUAGACCGACGGUCCGUAUGUUGUUGUUCGGAACUUGUAUAUAUGCGAACUUAUCUUGAGAAUGUCGUAAGCGAGAUUCAGGCGUCUGUCAAAUAUCUAGCCACAGUGCUGAGCUUGUUGUACAUGUUUUGCAGAAAUUCAUUUUUUUUAUAAGGGAUUGUAUGACCUGGUUACUAAGACCUUUAGGUCAUGUCUUAUUUUAAUUUAUAUUCUUAUUUUUAUGAAAAAUGAUAAUAUGGAGUGAAAUUAAAUGAAGAUGAUUAAUUUGAGACAUUAAAUCAACUGGGAUGAAAUUAAAUGAAAUGAGAUGAGCUGAUGAUAUGAGAUGAAAUAUAAUCUCAGUAAAAUAGUGGUCAUUUAUUGAGAUUUUUUCAGUGGAAUUUUUGGAGAAUCUCGAGAAGUUACGUCCAGCGGCUUUGUUUCAUUUUCCCUCAAAUGUGAACUUUCACAGAUAUGAAACAGUUAAUAAACCACAUUUAUUACACAUUUAAACUUGAAGAAACACUAAAUAGACAAAAUAAAACAAAUCACACAAAUUCACUCUUCGCGUUCCCACCAAAAAGUCCUGGAGAAAUUGCAAAACAAUAUACUUUUUAAAAGUGCCUUAUAAAAAAUAAAUUCAAAUAGUAAUGCUAAAUUCACAUCAAAAUUAUUUAUUUUAGGUUAUUUACAAACGCUAUUAACUUAUUAAAAACGUUAUACACGCGCGCCCUAAGACACGUCCGUACAGGUCGAUGCCAAAUACCAAUAAUCAAACUGUGAAAAUAGGCCUAGGCCGCACUACGGUGAAACCGCUGCGGUUAUUAACCGUGUGAGUUUAUGAAACACGAAAACGAAUACAAGCGGCCGCACUUGCGGUUUUUUCCCGCGACUGAUUUUAAAACCGCGAAAUGUUACAAAAUUGUUGCGGAAAAAAACCGCAACAAAAUUUGUAAUCCAUAGAACUAAGUGGUCGCACACGCACUAUGCGUUAACCGCGGGCGGUUUUUGGGCUAGUAUUCGGCCGACUGCCGCAAAGAAUAGUUGUGUUGUCGUCUCGUCACAAUUAUGUCGUCGACCGAGUCGGAGUCUGUUUCAAAUGCAGAGUACGAAAGUUUAUCCCAGAAAAUCAUCGUGGAAGUACAGAAAAGACCAGCUUUAUACGAUACUACUUUGCGUCAAUACAGUGAUAGAAAUGUGAAAAAUAAACUUUGGGAGGAAGUUUAUCACAACGUAGUUAAUAAUUGGAUGACACUGUCGGAGGCUGAGAAAAAAAAGAAGGGUAGUACAAUACAAAAGAAAUGGAAGAAUAUGCGCGACAGUUUUUCUAAAGAAUUAGCUAUACAGCGUGGUAAAUCUGGUCAAGGUGCUAUAAAAAAGAAAAAGUACGUUCAUUUCGAUUCACUGUUGUUUUUGGUACCAUCUUUACAAAAAAGGGAGACUAGCAGUAAUAUCGAAUUUACUUCACAAGAUAACCCUGAUACGGACUUAUCUGAAACCCUUCCACUAAGAAUAGUAAUCGAACCCCAUCCAGUAAGAAGGCUUCCAAAAGCCGAAGUAGCUGUGAAGAUUAUGAACAAAAAUUGUUAAAUUUUUUGAAUACAAAGGAGAAUGCGUGUGAAUAUGACGAAGAUAUAAACUUUUCACAAAUGAUUGUACCAAUGUUACGGAAACUUAAUGACGAUCAGAAACAUUUUGCCAAAGUAGAAAUUAUGAAUAUUUUGCAAAAAGCCAAAUCUUUCUAUCCAUUCGAAACACCAAUUCGUAAUCAAAGACCAAGAUCACAUUUGUCAUUCACGCAAACGUCGUCUCCGCAAUCAUAUUAUACAUAUUCCCCAUCUCCACCUCCAACCAUGCCGAUAAUGCCACCAGUUUCAACACCAGUACGACAGCUUGUGUCAGGACCUGCAAAACAAACCAUCUAUUUGCCACUUAAUACUCCUGUUCCACCAACAUUACAAGCAACCGUGCAUUCUCUUCAAGAACUCGAGCAACAAGAACAACAGUUACAAUAUGCACAAAAUGAACAAGAAGAGCCUACAGCAGCCAAUUAUCUGUCGAAAUUUCAAGAACAAUAAUUUUUAAAAAAAAAUUUACCAAUAAAAAUACCUAUAAAGUACAAUAUA